UGGGAACCAGGCUAGUCAGUCCAUGGCAAACCUCCUCCGAACAAACCUCGCCAAGAAAGAAACUAGAGUAGGUUCACCUUAGGGCCGCCAUAAGUCAGAAAGGACUUGAAGGCACACAACAACAACAACAACAGCUUCAACUAUAAGCAUGAAGAAAUUAAAGCUUAAAGAACUUGAAAGCUGCCUUCAACAGGUUGAUUCUUUUGAGAAUCCAAAAUUGCAGCUUGAACAAUAUCCAACACGGCCACACAUUGCAGCAUGUAUGCUUUAUACAAUCCACAAUACCUUUGAUGAUAUUGAAAACAAGAUUGUUGCAGACCUUGGAUGCGGUUGUGGUGUGCUGAGCAUUGGAAGUUCCAUGCUGGGAGCAGGGUUAUGUGUAGGAUUUGAUAUAGAUCCUGACGCUUUAGAAGUAUUUAGCAGAAAUGCUGAAGAAUUUGAGCUCACAAAUGUUGAUAUGCUUCAGUGCAACAUAUGUUCUUUGCCUGAAAAAAUGCCAAAAACAUUUGACACAGUUAUUAUGAAUCCUCCAUUUGGAACUAAGCACAAUAAAGGUAUGGAUAUGGCUUUUCUGAAAACAGCACUGCAAAUGGCGAGAACAGCUGUAUAUUCAUUACACAAAACUUCAACCCGGCAACAUAUUCAGAAGAAAGCAGAUGAAUGGAAGGUGAAGAUGGAAGUUUUAGCAGAACUGAGAUAUGACCUACUGGCAUCAUAUAAGUUUCACAAGAAGAAAUCAGUGGACAUCGAAGUUGAUUUUAUUAGAUUCUCUUGUGACAAAGAUGGAGGAAUGACUUAAAACUUUUUAGAAGAAUAAAAAAUUCUUUUUGGA